AUGGCAAGCCUACGAAAAACGCACCCACUAAUUAAAAUCGCCAACGACGCACUAGUUGACCUACCAGCACCAUCUAACAUCUCAAUAUGAUGAAACUUUGGAUCCCUUCUGGGACUAUGCUUAGCUACUCAAAUCCUAACCGGCCUAUUCCUAGCCAUACACUAUACCUCAGACAUUUCAACCGCAUUUUCAUCAGUAGUCCACAUCUGCCGCGAUGUAAAUUACGGCUGACUAAUCCGAAACAUCCACGCCAACGGAGCAUCAUUCUUCUUCAUCUGUAUUUAUAUACACAUUGCCCGAGGCCUCUAUUACGGGUCCUACCUUUACAAAGAAACUUGAAACAUCGGUGUAAUCCUCCUUCUACUAGUUAUAAUAACAGCCUUUGUCGGCUAUGUCCUCCCAUGAGGUCAAAUAUCCUUCUGAGGUGCCACAGUCAUUACAAACCUCCUGUCCGCCGUACCAUACAUAGGAGACAUAUUAGUUCAAUGGAUCUGAGGCGGAUUCUCAGUAGAUAAUGCAACACUAACACGAUUCUUUGCAUUCCACUUCCUAUUCCCAUUUGUUAUUGCCGCCGCAACUAUCCUUCACCUUCUUUUCCUCCACGAAACAGGAUCAAAUAACCCAAUUGGACUAAACUCAGACGCAGACAAAAUCUCUUUCCACCCAUACUUCACGUACAAAGACUUACUCGGAUUCGUACUCAUACUUCUAGCGCUAAUAAUGCUAGCACUGUUUUCCCCCAACCUCCUAGGAGACCCAGAAAACUUUACCCCCGCCAACCCCCUAGUUACCCCGCCACAUAUUAAGCCAGAAUGAUACUUCCUAUUUGCCUACGCCAUCCUACGGUCAAUCCCAAAUAAACUUGGGGGUGUCCUUGCACUACUAUUCUCCAUCCUAGUACUAAUAGUAGUACCCCUCCUACACACCUCAAAACAACGGGGACUAACAUUUCGCCCAAUCACCCAAUUCCUAUUCUGAACCCUAGUAGCAGACAUAAUCAUCUUAACAUGAAUUGGAGGUAUGCCAGUAGAACACCCAUUUAUUAUUAUUGGACAAAUUGCAUCCGUCCUAUAUUUUGCACUAUUUCUAAUCUUUAUCCCGCUGGCAGGGUGGUUAGAAAACAAAGCACUAGAAUGAGCUU